AUUGUUGGCAACUAAAAUGUUAAACUGAAGUAAACUAGAUAACUCCUUCCUCAAAGUUUGACCAUGGCGAAGAAACCAGUCAAAUACUGCGUGGUUGACGCAUUCACUGAUUCCGCAUUCAAGGGUAAUCCGGCAGCGGUGUGCCUGCUGGAGGAGGAGAGAGAUGAGGAGUGGCUGCGAGCGGUGGCGCGUGAGUUCAACCUCUCCGAGACCUGCUACUUGACUCGCCUCCCUGACUCUGCGGCUUUCCGCCUCCGCUGGUUCACCCCUGCCGCUGAGGUGAAACUUUGUGGACAUGCUACUUUGGCCGCGUCUCACUUUCUCUUUUCAAACGACUUGGUGAACUCUGAUACUAUUGAGUUCUCGACCCUGUCUGGGACUCUGACAGCAAAAAGAGUGCCUGUCACCAAAUUAUCCGAUUCAUCCACACCGGAGAAUGGUAAUACGCCUAGCGGCUUCCUCAUUGAACUGGAUUUCCCAGUUGUCCCCAUAGAGGAAUAUGAUGCUGCUGCUGAUAUUUCAACUAUUUGUAAAAGUAUCAACGUUUCUUCUGUGGAUGAGAUCCACAAAACAACUACGGAAGAUGAUCUCUUUGUUGUGCUAUCAUCUGGCAAAGCAGUUGCAGACAUAGAACCCAACUUUCAUGAGAUUAAAAAAUGUCCUGGCUUGGGAAUAAUUGUAACAGGGCUUGCUCCCGCCGGCUCAGGAUUUGAUUUUAUCAGUCGCUAUUUCUCCCCUAAGCUCGAGAUCGAUGAGGAUCCUGUAACUGGAAGCGUACAUUGUGCCUUGGUGCCUUACUGGAGCAAGAAGCUGGGGAAAUGCGAUUUCGUUGCUUAUCAAGCAUCACCAAGAAGUGGCAUUCUAAAUCUGCAUCUCGAUGAGAAGAAUGAGAGGGUGUUGCUCCGGGGCAGAGCCACCACGGUGAUGGAAGGAUCUCUUCUGGUUUAAAUCAUAGUGACACCCAAUAGGCUUCUUGGUCUGUGCUCUAUGCUAGUAUGUGUUAAUAAAUCGUUGCCUUGUAUGUGUUAAUAAAUCGUUGCCUUGUAUGUAUGGUCACAACUCAAAUCAUCCCUCGGAGCAGACGAAAGGCAACGGUUGUGAAUGCUCUUAUAUUUUUAUGCUUCACUAUAUAGUCAAUAAUCAAUAUAUAUCUAUAUGUAUCAUGGGGCAUGGGCUGUGAAUAAAAAUGAAGGCAAUUAAUUAAGUUGUUAGAUUUCUGUUU